AUGUUCACGUUAAGUACGUUCACCGUAACAAGUGUCGAGGACAUAGAGCGGAAUGAAGGCGAUGUGCUGUACUGCUUCAACGAUUCUCCAUCUGCAUGUUUGGAGUGGGUCUUUGCCCUCACGGUGUGCGAAGAGUGCGAGUCUUUUGUUCAACUCGUAACACCAACGUUUCAGGAAUACGGAGCAAAGACAAAUUUUGCCUUAGAGGAAGUGGAUGAAAGAGAUGAACUGAAAAGAAAGGCGAGGGGAGGUUGCAGACACAGUCAAUCCAAGUCAUUGUCACCACUCCCUCGUUUCAAGAGAUUAAAUCUUGAAGACAUCGUUGUGUCGCGAACCGAAAGUGACAUGUCGGAUGCGGGCACCGAAGAAAGCUUGUGGAUACCUAGAAGCAAACUGGAAAUAAUGGAUGGGAAAGCAAAAGAGCUGGAAGGACAGGUUGGAGUCCCUGGAGGCGGUUCCAAGGAAAUUCCAGGUCUGAGGACUUGUCGAAAUCGAAAUUGUUAA